UAUCGAGGGGCAUUAUUGUUUAGGUACGUUAGGUAGGUAGGUACCUACAUUAUGCUUGCCUCAACAUGUACGUUUACAUACCUGCCUACCUACUACCUACCUAGUAUACCUAUGUCUUUAUGAUAGCGCACCUCUUAUUUCCUCAAAAUCUCAACAAGGUGAACUACACCAACCUGUAACAACAAUGCGGCUGUGAUCUUUUCGUAGAACAAUCUCCUUUACCAUGUUUUCGUCCUCGGGAAGCGGCAAGAAGCCGCCGUCCCAACAGGUAAGCUCUCCGAGGUCAACAACACUUGGAGAAACGCUGGUUUUAAUUGACAAUGACGUAGGAAAUGAUUCAAGUCGACAGGUCAGAGUAGGUUACACGUCGCCUUCUUUUGUUGCCGAAUUGUUGCCUCGCCGGGUAUUUGCUAAGCUCCAACCAGGUCGGCUUCGCCAUUCUGGCGUGUCCAGAGAGAAGGUGCCGCGAAGAAGACAGGACGGGAUCCUAAUCUAGUUGUAGGAGCUUCUUACUCCCACGCCGACAUGCUCAAGUUCGAUAAUUUAAACCUCUCUGGCUCUUCAUCCCGGCCGAGAUCACCCCCAACCUCCUCGUCGCAGAGAACUCGAGCAAGUGACGUAACUUCGCCGCCGCCGAAGUCUUCAUCCGGCCUAUCAUCGCCUCCGUUGAAGUCUUAUUUUCAUUUCUUGUCGAAUACGAAUCAGGAUUGGGAUGUUGGAGACCCCGAAGUACCAAACGGAGAAGAUAUGCUGGGAUAUGAAGAUGACGAUGGGGAUGACUUUGGUCUUCCAAGCUUGUCGAGCAUGCAGCGACGCAGCCGACGAGCGGCAGCAGCUCAGACCAGCAGCUCUUCACAAAUUCAAUCAGCACCUUUAGAAAGGGCAGCCAACCUUCCCCAUAGGCGUUAUUCAAAUAGUGCCGACAUAGCUAUAGAGCGGCCAACACCGACGUACCCAAUGCCUAAGAAGAGCGAAGGGAAGAUUCUUAGACCACAAUACAAGGAUAUACUGAAAGAUCCGGCCAAUGCUCUACAUCUUAUCGAUCACCCCACAGCCCCAGCCAAUGCGACGCCGAAGGAAAUCGACGCCAUUAAUUCCCGUAUAACGAAGAUCAACAAGUUCAAAAAAAUCCUUCAAGCUAGUACUAUACCAUUAAUAGAUCUUCGGGCUUUAGCAUGGAGUGGUGUACCCGAAGAAGUCCGGGCUAUGACAUGGCAACUCCUGCUAAGUUAUUUGCCGACUAGCAGUGAACGACGUGUUGCGACGCUGGAACGGAAGCGUAAAGAAUAUCUCGACGGAGUACGUCAGGCUUUCGAACGAGGAGGCAACCAUCCUGCUUCCGGCGGUCGAUCUAGGGGUCUUGAUGAAGCAAUAUGGCAUCAAAUUAGCAUUGAUGUUCCUAGGACAAACCCCCAUAUUGAACUUUACAGCUACGAGGCGACGCAGCGAUCCCUAGAACGGAUACUAUAUGUUUGGGCAAUUCGGCAUCCCGCAAGCGGCUACGUGCAGGGAAUUAACGAUCUAGUGACUCCUUUCUGGCAAGUUUUUCUGGGCGCUUACAUCACGGAUUGUAAUAUCGAAAGUGGCAUGGACCCAGGUCAAUUGCCCAAGGCUGUGCUCGAUGCGGUGGAAGCCGACUCUUUUUGGUGUUUAACAAAGUUGCUCGACGGAAUCCAGGAUCAUUACAUCGUCGCCCAGCCUGGUAUUCAACGGCAAGUUGCUGCGCUUCGGGAUCUUACCGCUAGGAUCGAUGAAGGACUGGCAAAGCACCUUGAAAAUGAGAAUGUCGAGUUUAUUCAGUUUAGUUUCCGCUGGAUGAAUUGUCUUCUGAUGAGGGAAAUAAGCGUACGAAAUACCAUUCGGAUGUGGGAUACAUAUCUAGCCGAAGAACAAGGCUUUUCAGAAUUCCAUUUAUAUGUCUGCGCAGCCUUCCUAGUUAAAUGGUCUUCCAAACUGGUCAAAAUGGAUUUCCAGGAAAUCAUGAUGUUUCUACAGGCAUUGCCUACCCGGGACUGGACCGAGAAAGAUAUAGAACUCUUGCUCAGCGAAGCCUAUAUCUGGCAAAGCCUUUUCAAGAAUUCUUCUGCUCAUUUGCGAGGAGGUCCCAGUCGAGCUCCGACCAACCUACAAUUAUAGUAGAACAUGCAUUGCUGUGCACGAUAACACGCAUUGGUGCUCCAACUGGGCAUGUUAUUGUCGGCCCCUUCAAGGCUCAAGAGAAAUGCGCCCUGCCUCUCAAUAAUCAAGGCUUGAUUAAGCCCGGAGUUGAAAGAUACGUACUAGCUGAAAAUUAGACUCGGCUGGUAGAAGCACAUACGAGUUAGAAUAUCCCAUAACAGAGUCAUAGCUUCCAGGGAAUGAAACAAAGCUUGC